AUGAGAGGAGAGGAGGGGAGAUGAGCGUGCUGUUGAAGGGGGCGUAUUGGACAGGAAGGCAAAAAAAUCCUUUCCCAGUAACUAUAUGUAUCUUAUUGUAGGAAAAACUGAGAAUAGAGCAAAAACAGACAUCGUAUACCCUUCCUCUCAUUGUCAAGAAAAAAAAAAACUUAAAACUAAAGUAUAAUUUCUUUUUCUAAAUAAAUACUGCAUUUUUGCAUAUUUUAACUUUAAAUAGUUUUUUUUACAAAAUAAAUGGGGGAUUACGGGUUCGGUUUGUUGCAGACAGCUAACAUUACGAACGGCUCCACGAUCUUCGGCGGAGGCGCUUUUAGGUCAUACAGUAGUCCCUCAGCAGCCUCUACCCAGUUCCCCCCUCUCUCUCCAAGCAGCUUUUCUAUUUCCAGCAGCAGCAGUAACGUCGCCGUGUCCUCUCUGUUCCUGUCAGCUGCUGCGCAUCAUCAAAACAUGCAGGAUGAGCUGCUUCUUGGAGUGACAACAGCGCAGCAGCAGCCCCCGUCAGAGAAAAACAGCAGCAUCAAGGCAGGUCAGCAAAGCAACGGCAACCCAGAUUUCGCGAAGCAGCUGGAGCAGCACAAGCGCCUCGAUUUCUGCCACCUCCAGCAGCAGUCUGACUUCAAAGCAGGGGUGACACAGGAAAAAUUCGGGCAACCGCAUCAAAUUAAUAACCUGCAGCAGGAGCUGAAGAAACACCAUCAGCAGAUAAAUCAGCAGCAGCAGCCGCCGCCUGUGGGCGACUUCGGUCAUCUGGCUCAGCAGCAGCAGUACCAGAGCCUCAACCCCCUGCAAUCGUCCCCCAAAUCGGAUCAGGGCAGCUGCGAGCGGAGCUUAGAGAGCCCUGUCAAGAUCAACGCCUCUGCCAGCGACGACGUCGCGGCUUCCGAAGCCAAUGUGGUGGCCUCUGCUGCUAGAGCCGCUUCGUCAUCGCCAUCUGUGAACCCCGGCAAGGCUAAAAUCCAAAUGGAGAGCCCCAACAACCAUCUGAUGAACAAUAACAACAAUGGGGCCAGCCCUUCUAGCGGCAUGCUGCCCACCGGUUUGGGAGCUGGAUUCGGAGCCCUUCAGACUACGGAGCUGUCGAGUCAGCAGCAGCCACAGCCACCGCCUCCUCCUGGGGGCUCCGUGUCGCCUACAUUGCCGGGCUUUGCCACCCCUUGGUCAGUGCAGACCAGCUCUCCGCCGCCCGCCGUCAGUAACUCGAGCAACGGGAGCCACGCUAGCCCCAUGAGCCAGAUCGGCAACUCCGAGCCCGACAACAGCUUCUACCCCGGGAUCCCCUCCUCCAUCAACCCGGCCUUUUUCCAGAGCUUUUCUCCGGUGUCUGCUAAUCCCUGUCCCGGAAUUAAUGUGCCGGGCUUCAGCAAUCCCUUCUCUCCCCAGAUCAAUCUCGCGCAGCAGCAGCAGAGCAGGCGAUCACCAGUCAGUCCUCAAAUGCACCACCAACACCAGGCUGCUUUUCUCCAACAGAGAAACAACUACAAUCACCAUCAGCCCAUUUUAAAGCAGUCACCCUGGAGUAGUCAUCAAAGCAGCGGCUGGAGCUCAGGCGGAAUUUCCUGGGGUGGACUGCAUGGUAGGGACCACCGUAGGCCUGGCGGGAUGGGGCUUCCAGGCACCAUAAACCAGAUCUCCCCUAUGAAGAAGCCAUUUUCAAGCAACGUCAUUGCUCCUCCCAAGUUCCCUCGCUCUGCAGCUUCACUGACACCAAAAUCAUGGAUUGAGGACAAUGUUUUCCGCACAGACAGCAACAGCAACACUCUUCUGCCACUACAAGAUCGCACUCGAAUGUAUGAUAGCUUGAACAUGCACUCCCUUGAAAACUCCCUGAUUGAUAUAAUGAGAGCUGAGCAUGAUCCCUUGAAAGGCCGAAUGGGAUACCCUCAUGCUGGGGCUGACAAUCUUCUUAUGCUGAAUGCAAGGAGUUAUGGGAGAAGAAGAGGACGUUCCUCUCUGUUCCCCAUUGAUGAUGGAUUGCUUGAUGAUGGGCACAGCGAUCAGGUGGUUCCAGGAGUCCUUAACACUCCCAACUGCUAUGCUCACCAAAAUGGUGAACGGAUUGAGCGUUUUUCCCGCAAAGUUUUCGUUGGCGGGCUCCCCCCAGACAUAGAUGAAGAUGAAAUAACCACAAGUUUCCGUCGCUUUGGACAUCUGGUUGUAGACUGGCCUCAUAAGGCUGAAAGCAAAUCUUAUUUCCCACCAAAAGGUUAUGCCUUCCUUCUUUUCCAAGAGGAAAGUUCUGUUCAGGCUUUAAUUGAUGCUUGCAUUGAGGAAGAUGGAAAGCUGUAUCUAUGUGUUUCUAGCCCUACAAUAAAGGACAAGCCGGUCCAGAUUCGUCCAUGGAACCUUAGUGACAGUGAUUUUGUAAUGGAUGGCUCACAACCUCUGGAUCCCCGUAAAACCAUUUUUGUUGGUGGAGUUCCCCGUCCCCUUAGAGCAGUUGAAUUGGCUAUGAUAAUGGAUCGUCUUUAUGGUGGAGUUUGCUAUGCAGGAAUUGAUACAGACCCAGAGCUCAAGUACCCUAAAGGGGCUGGGCGAGUUGCCUUUUCUAAUCAGCAGAGCUAUAUUGCUGCCAUUAGUGCUCGGUUUGUUCAGUUGCAGCAUGGGGAUAUUGAUAAGCGGGUGGAGGUGAAGCCAUAUGUGCUAGAUGAUCAGAUGUGUGAUGAAUGCCAGGGAGCCCGUUGUGGAGGGAAGUUUGCGCCUUUCUUCUGUGCCAAUGUCACAUGCCUACAGUAUUACUGUGAGUUUUGCUGGGCAAACAUCCACUCUCGUGCGGGGCGCGAGUUUCACAAGCCUCUUGUUAAAGAAGGGGCCGAUCGUCCUCGACAGAUUCACUUCCGCUGGAACUGAAGGCCACAGAAGGAGCAACCCACGAAAAGAGCAAAGAGUGCAUGUGGCUUAUUAUUUAUGAGAAUACCAAGAUGCUGAGGGAGAAAUAAGUGCAUUCUUCUGCCUCUUACCCUAAGCUAUCAGUACAGUACAUAUAUCUUUUGUAGCAGCCAAAACACUACAAGCCUCUGUUUUUCACCAAAACCCUACAUCUCAGGCUUUACUAACUUUUUUGUGGUACUUUCAUGUUUUUUAAAGAAUAAGAAAAGGAUUUUUUGUAGUUUUUCAAAUUAUUUUUGUAUAUAAAAUUUAAAAUAGAUAAGAGAAUGUUUUUGCAUGGGGGCACUCAAUCUGCUGCUAUCUCCAGUGGGUGAAGCGUGCACUUAUUUCUGGGAAAUCUUGAUUUUUAGCUCUUUAAGACCUGCCCCAGUGAUUUACCAAAGGUAGCAAAAAAUAAAUAACAAUAGGAGGCAAUGUGGAACAUUUAUGCCACAAUACAAAAUUAUUUUUAUUGUUGCUAUUUGCUGUGUAUUCUUAAUAAAAAAAAAUAAUAGGGUUACUUUUUGCUCUCCAUUUUGACUUGCAAAAAAAUAAUACCUCAUGAUAAUAAUCUGGUUUGUUAUUAGCUAUUUAAGCAUUUCUAACCACAAGCUGUAAUAGAAGCUUUGCUGCUAUAUAUAGAUGUUAUUUUUAAUGCCAUCUAAUAAUACAGUUGAAAUUAAAAAAAAAAAAAAAAAAAAGAAAUACGUAAUCUGCAUUGCAAGCUAAAAUGCAGAAGGCACACUUGGCCUAAACUGCCAUCAUUUUAGAAUAUGAAAAUUGAACUGCAUGUUUUACUUACUUAUAUACACCAUAUGCAUGCAAUGUUAACACUAAUAAUGACUAAUAGGGAGAAAAUAAUGGAAACCAUAUAAAGCGUUAAUAUUAGGUAGCAUGAAGAAAAAUACAAAAACUGGAUAUAUUUAGAAAUUAAAGUUACAAAAACAACCUUGCAUGCAUCAUUGUGACGAGUAACCAGAGUGUCCUACAUAUGUACAAUAAGAAAAAAAUAUAUAGUUUUAGAUUAGAAUGUGCAGCCAUUUUUGUGACCUGGUGGAUAGUGGAAUUCGAAAACUUUUGCAGACUGGAUAUAAAAGUAUUCUCUGUGCAAUUUUUGUGAUGUGUUGUUCUAUUUAUCGUGGAGUGAGGUUUUAGUAUAGCUAGAACAUCGAUGUAGAACUAGAAGCAAAACAACAGAAAAAAAAGAAUAAAGUUUUCCACACCCCUCUUCCCCCCACCUUUAUUUAUUUAUAUUGCUUUAUGUCCUUUUAUAAUGGAUUACACAUCCUCUGCAAACCAAAGAUGGCCAGCACACUGCUAAGUAGUUACCAGAUUUGAAGAAAACAGUCAAUCUGGCAAAAUUACUUCAACCUUAUGGGCUUUGCUACAGUUAACUAACACCUGGUAAAGUCAAAAUGGAGAAGGAGUAGUAAAUAUGGGGCAUCUUGCCAAGAGCAAUUGUAUUGUUAGACUGGAACAAAACAAUAAUGACAUUUUACAAUUUCAAAACUUUUUCAUUUAAAUACAGGUUGGGUUGAUAUUUGAUAACUGGUACUUACAGAAUACGCAGUAAAGAAGAAAUAUAUAUAUAUAUAUAUAUAUAUAUAUGUAUAUAUGUAUAUAUGUAUAUAUUUAUAUAUAUAUGUAUAUAUAUAUAUCUAUAUCUAUAUAUAUAUAUAUAUAUAUAUAUAUAUAUAUAUAUAGACAGUAUAAUCUCAUGUUUUACACAAUUGAGGAAAUCUGGUUUUUCAACAAAUGCAAAAAUUCAAGAUAAGAAAUGCAUAAGAGUGGGAAACAGACUCUUCCUCAUAUACAUUAUGUUGACACCUUACUAGAUGCGCAUUUCUGAUUUAAGAAAUUUAACCUUGUUCAUUAAUCUUUGACCAAAACACUGGGUCUGUAUGCAAUUCAAAAGUAAUGGUGCGCCAACCUUCUGACUGUUGAAGAAACUGGGGUCUCUGGGAGGGUCUGGGAUGUGGGAAAUCGUGCUUGAAAAUCCGUUACUGUAUUAGUUAAAAGAAAAAAAAAAGAAUGAAAGAAAGAAACAAUGUGAUCUGUCUGGAAAAACAGAGGCCACAAUGGCACAGUGCAAAUGGUGGAUAAGUGAGAUUAAGGAGUAACAAACUCUUUUGCAUAAUGAUAUAAUGAUUACUAAAAACAAAGUCCCCUUCACCUGGAAUAGAAUCAUUAAUUUUUCAGUUCUUUGAUAACAUUGAGUGCUUGUAUUAAAAUCGGCAGAAUAACUACAGUGGUAUCUAGCCAAUCUAAAGAUGGAUGUUGCUCUAAAUAAUUCUUAGGGACAAUCUUUAUGUAAGCAAAGUGUUGAUCUUGAAUAUUGGUGGUUCGCCAGUGUGCUUUUUUUGUACUGUACUCUGUGUUUCAAGCCCAUGUCUGCUGUUUUUAUGGUUGUUGUGACUGAAGCUUUUAAUGUUUAAUGUUAAUGCUGUGCUAAGGAGAUGAGGUUUGCUGUUUCUUUUUUUAUGAUUUUGUUGGUAUAUUAUUUAUUUUUUUUAAUUUCCUAUUUGUUAACCCUCAAUCCUUCAGUUUCCCUACAAACCUUGAUUAUCUUUGACCAUUUGUUAUGCACUACUUUUGUAUUUUAAGGUAAAUUGUUUUUAUUUUUUUAUAUUUUUCUUUAUUCAAAUGGUUGGCUAUUUUUAAAAUAUAUAUAUAUACUUUUUUUGGCUAUGACAUCUCUUUUGUGAUACCUCAGUAUUUUUUCAUAUUUUAAAGAAAAAGGAGAAAAAAAGGAUUUUGCUUAGUAUUCCAAACACUUCCUAUAAUUUAAUUAAAAGUGAUAAAUAAUAAUUUAACAAACUAAUUUUAUUUUGUUGUAAGUUAUUUUAAAGUGAUAUAAAGCCUUACAGCUUUUAAUAUAAAAGUAUGGUAAAUUAAUAUAUGAGAAAUAGCAAAUAUAUAUUACCAACGGUAAAAUAUGUUUUCUGAUGGAAAACUACUGAUUUUAAUUGGUUGAUCAACUAAUUAGUUACAAAAAUUUAAUCGCUGUGGGGAAGCCAAUUAGUUUUUUCACAUAUUCCUAUUUUCCAUUCUCCAAAGCUGAUAAAUAAAAGCUGCAGCCCGAUUGACUACAUCCACAAUGGUGGGACAACUGGGACAGUGUGCAUGUACUUCUCUUCACUAAUCUUCACGUUACUGUAACAAUCAGCUUUUCACGUUUUCUGUGUCAAGUUCUAUGUUUUUACACGUUUGUUUCUAAUUGUUUGUUUUAUUUCUUUUUGUUUAAUAAUAUUUAUUUUGAGUAGAAAAAAAAGAACUGUGUUGAAUUUAGAUUGUAUUUUUGUAUUGUAAUACGCUUAAUUUUCUUUUCCCCCCCGAAUGUACGUAAUUCUGUCUGGAUGCAGAACUCUGCUGAGUAAAAGGAAAAAAAUAAUAACUUAGUAAAUCCAUGCAAUUUUAUUAUUAUUAUUUUUUUUUUCAAGAAGGAAACAUUAGCAUUUAUAUUACGUUUAUGGAAAACACUUGAGAUUUUAUCCCUGUUGCAUCUGGCCUCAAAAGGCCUCUCCUCGAAGAUGCUACAAAACUUGAAUAUAACACAUUUUGAAAGGCUGACUAACCUCGAUUCUGUGUUGUGAUGUGCAAUACUGUUUCUAAUGUUUGUAUAAAAAAAUAAUAACAGUGUAAACCUUUUUAAUGCAGAUUUAUUUUUUUCAUUGCAUAUUUUGCAGAUUUUAUUAUCCACAGUGUCAUUUUUUACUGUCAGAAAAGAAACCCCUUUUGUCAUUGCAACUAUUUUUAAAUCCAGAUAUCUUUGUACUGAUGUAAAUGAUUGUAGUUAUUUUGGAUAGUGUUUUGCUAACAAAAGGAGAGACUUUUUCAUGCAUAUUUCUAUUUUGUUUUUUUGUUGGUAUAUUUUUUUGUUUAUUUCAUUUUUUUUAUUUUAUUUUUUGAUUUUAAUAGUAGCAAAAUAUUUGGAAUAAUUUUUCAUAUUCUGUGUCAUUAAUAUUAUUUUGUAUUUUUAUGUGGAAAUAAAUAUAUAUAAAUAUAUAUAUAAUUUUAUGAUGCUAAUUGCUAAAGUUUAUUUUAUGUUGAAUUAUUUUUGGAGCUGAAAUCUUUGUAAUAUUGUUAAAGUAACUAGUUUCUAACUCAGAGUUUGUGUAUAGAUUCGCACAAGUGGUUUACGGAGUGUUUGGAUUGUAACUAUUAAUGAAUGGUUCUUUGAUAUGCAAUUUUUUUUCUAAAUGGGGUGUUAAUAAGUAUUUUUAUUUUGUUGACUUUCUUUUUCUUAAUAAAUCCCAUUCGUUUUGGACACAAAUGAUCACCUUCAGCUUUAUUUUAUUUAUGUUUUUAAUUUAUUUUCCUGUGCAACGUUUUCUUUUAGUUCAGGUGUCUAAUUCUCCAGUCUGUCUGUUGUACUGGUAAUUUAACUCUGUAAUGGAAUAGUUUGCUGCCAACUAUUUAUAUUCAGUAAUUUUUAAAUAUUUGUAAUAAUUGUUGAUUGAAUUAAUAAAUCAUUAAAUUAUUGGCAUGGUUGCUUUUCGCUGAA